AUGGAAUCGCACGAUUCAAACAACAAUAUUGUUACUUUAAAUAAUAGUAAUUUAAAUACCAAUUCUGGCAUUAUUAAUACUACAAAUUCCGAAAAAGAGCAAGAACUGAAUAAAAUUUCUUGUCAGGUUUUACAACAGUGCAUUGAUUUACUUUCGUCGUUACCUUCGAAUGAGACUUAUACGUGGAAAAGUGAUUUUGUACCAAAAAGUACAAUAGGAAAACAUGUGAGACAUAUGAUUGAUCAUUUUCGCCUGUUGCUUUUAAAAAACGAAUCGAAUAAUAGUAUAAAAGAAAACAACAAAGAUUUAUAUGAGAGGGGAACUAUCAUUAAUAAUAGCAAUAUUGGUAUUGAUAAUAGUGACAUAAUAUGGACCGUCAAUUAUGACAAUCGAAAGAGUCAUGAAUCCAUAGAAACAUCACCUACCUUUGCGGCACAACGAAUUAAAGAACUACAAAAAAGGUUGUUAAACGAUUUUCAAAAUAAAUCUCUGUUAUCAACGCCGAUUCAGUUGGAAGCGACUGUUGAUUCAAAUCCCCAAGUGAAUCAAAUGACUUUUUUGACUACAUUUGGAAGAGAGUUGUGGUUCUGUUGUCAUCAUGCG